AUGCCCUUCAACCCCAAAACCGAUGUACCCAACCUCAAUGGGAAGGUGAUUCUUGUCACCGGGGGAAACUCUGGACUAGGCAAAGCCGCGGUCACGGAAUUCUGCCGCCAUCAGCCAGCCGAGGUCUGGCUUGCUGCUCGCAGUCUCGACAAAGCCCAAGCUGCUGCCGAUGAAAUCAAAACGCAGAUCCCUAAUGCACCUAUUAAGGUACUGAAGCUUGACCUAUCCUCAUUUGAUUCCGUUAAAAAUGCCGCGAAAGCAUUCACUUCUGAUCAGUUGGAUAUCCUGAUGUUGAACGCGGGUGUUAUGGCAGUGCCUCCAGCCCAGACCAGCGAGGGUUAUGAAGUCCAAUUUGGCACGAAUCAUAUGGGCCACGCAAUUCUAACGAAGAUCCUCUUGCCGGUGCUUGAAAGAACAGCACAGAAUGGAUCGGACGUGCGAAUCGUCUCAGUAUCGUCUCAUGGACACUUCUAUACGCCGCCUGAAGGUUUCCAAUUCGAUACGCUUAAGACACCAGGAGAUAUACUAACCGCUUUCCAGCGGUACGGCCAGAGCAAACUAGCGAAUAUACUCUGGGCACGACAGCUAGCAAGCCUAUAUCCUAGUUUCACCGUGGCCUCGGUUCACCCGGGAGUGGUGAAGACGAAUCUUUUAUCUGGGGCGACGAAUGCGCCACUGAUCUUUCGCGCUAUAUUUGGCGCGGCACACGUCUUAGGGAUGAAAUCUAGUGUGGAGAGUGGUGUUAAGAACCAGUUGUGGGCUGCCGUUUCUAAGGAUGUUAAGAGCGGCGAAUACUACGAGCCUAUUGGUGUUAGUGGUAUGGCAAGUGCGCAUGGAACGGACGACAAGCUUGCAAAAGAAAUCUGGAACUGGACGGAGAAUGAGUUAAAGAACUUUUUGUAG